UGAAUUAACCAUCUUUUUUAUCCAUAACUCCAGAUUUAAAGAUAUAUGUUAUUAGACUCUGCAACUUCUUCAAGUUCCUGCAAUGGAGUCACUCCUACACUCUUCUACGAAAAUUGUUGCUCCCACCCUACCCAAACUUCAAAUAAAAUGUGGGUUCUUUGGAAACCAACACUCUUUUUCCAUAUUCCCGCAACAAAACUCUUGCCUUGGUCGUAGAAAGCUUUUUAUUGUGGAGGCAAAGAAGAACAAAAACUACGAUAAUAAGCAAGACAGUCACAGUUUUAUCCCCAAACCAGAUGAGACCACUGGGUUCUUCCCUGAAGCUGUUCUUCUCAAAGAGAAGAAAGUUCAGGAAGAUGGUAGACUUCUCCCAGAGUUUGCUGACGAAGAAGAACAAGAAUUGUAUGAAUCUCUUAACCUUGAGCUGCAAAGCUCAUUGAACUUGGAACGCAUGCGGCACUACGAGGUUGUUUAUUUAGUUCAUGAGAAGCAUGAUGAAGAGGUUGAAAGUGUCAAUGAGAAAGUCCAAGAUUUCUUGAGGGAGAAGAAAGGCAGGUUAUGGAGAUUGAAUGAUUGGGGUCUUCGGAGACUAGCAUACAAGAUAAAGAAAGCUAAGAAUGCCCACUACAUCUUGAUGAACUUUGAGUUGGAAGCUAGAUGGAUUAAUGAGUUUAAGACCAUGUUAGACCAAGAUGAAAGAGUCAUUCGGCAUCUGGUGAUAAAAAGAGACGAGGCAAUCACUGAGGAUUGUCCACCUCCACCCGACUGGCACACUGUUCGUGCAGGUGGUGAUGAUGAAGCUGAAGUCGAAGAUGAUGAAGAUUAUGAUGAUGGUGAUGAUGUAUAUGAAGUUGAUGAUGAUGAAGAGCUGGAGGAGGAGGAUUGGGAUGGAGAAGAUGAUGUGGAUAUCUUUGAAGAUGGUAUUGUUGCUGGAGAUGAUGAUUACAUAGAAGAAUCAAAUCACAAAUCAGGUAGUGUUGGGAAUGAAGGUAGAAGGAAUCUUAAAGCUCAAAAAGUUUCUAAAUAGGUAAACAUUCUUCUUAAAUCUCUCUCAGCAUUCAGGUGUUCUUGGAAGGUUUGUAUGUUUAUGAAAUUUCAUGACUAUUUUUAGUAUUAAAUGAAGAAAUUAUAUUUUUGAUA